GCCACGACUCGCUACGCUUUGCCAGUCUUGCAUACGCGGCCGCGUUCGUGAGCGCUUGAUGAGAGGGUACUUUGCAACGGUGUCGAUUCACGGGAUCCUGUGAGGAAAGGUCACUCGAUCUGCGGUGCUUAGGACAGUCGUGUCAACGCAGGCAAGAUGGGAUUCAAAUUUCUCGAGGUGAUAAAGCCAUUCUGCAGUAUACUGCCGGAAAUAGCGAAGCCGCAACGGAAGAUCCAAUUCAGAGAAAAAGUAUUAUGGACGGCGAUUACAUUAUUUAUCUUCUUAGUAUGUUGUCAGAUUCCAUUGUUUGGAAUCAUGUCUUCAGACAGUGCGGAUCCAUUUUAUUGGAUUCGUGUGAUACUCGCGUCGAAUAGAGGAACUCUCAUGGAAUUAGGCAUCUCGCCAAUCGUUACUUCAGGUCUUAUCAUGCAACUGCUUCACGGUGCAAAGAUCAUUGAGGUCGGCGAUACACCAAAAGAUAGAGCGUUAUUCAACGGCGCGCAGAAAUUGUUUGGCAUGGUUAUUACCGUUGGACAAGCUAUUGUUUAUGUAAUGACCGGAAUGUAUGGAGAUCCGACUGAAAUUGGAGCUGGUGUCUGUCUCCUGAUUAUCAUCCAAUUGUUCGUCGCUGGACUUAUUGUAUUAUUAUUGGACGAGCUUCUCCAGAAAGGAUAUGGAUUGGGAAGUGGAAUAUCUCUCUUUAUUGCCACCAAUAUUUGCGAGACUAUUGUCUGGAAAGCAUUCUCGCCAGCCACAGUUAAUACCGGACGUGGUACAGAAUUUGAAGGAGCUGUAAUUGCGUUGUUCCAUUUGCUGGCCACCAGACAGGACAAAGUUCGAGCCCUUCGAGAAGCGUUCUACAGACAAAAUCUUCCAAAUCUAAUGAAUCUUCUUGCCACCAUUCUAGUGUUCGCUAUCGUUAUUUAUUUCCAGGGCUUCCGUGUAGAUCUUCCGAUCAAAUCCGCCAGAUACCGCGGCCAGUACAGCAGCUAUCCAAUCAAACUGUUUUACACCAGCAACAUUCCGAUUAUUCUGCAGUCGGCUUUGGUGUCCAACUUAUAUGUUAUUUCUCAGAUGCUGGCUGUCAAGUUCCAAGGAAAUCUUAUAGUGAAUCUGUUAGGCGUUUGGUCGGACGUCGGUGGCGGAGGACCCGCCAGAUCGUAUCCAGUUGGCGGAUUAUGUUAUUACUUAUCACCUCCUGAAUCAGUCGGCCAUAUUGUUCAAGAUCCUGUUCAUGCAGUGCUCUACAUUCUGUUCAUGCUUGGUUCAUGUGCUUUCUUCUCCAAGACGUGGAUUGAGGUCUCCGGCAGCUCGGCAAAAGACGUUGCUAAACAACUGAGAGAACAGCAGAUGGUAAUGCGAGGCCAUAGAGAUAAUUCCAUGAUUCGCGAAUUAAAUCGAUACAUCCCUACUGCCGCGGCAUUCGGUGGACUGUGUAUCGGAGCUCUCUCCGUAUUAGCAGACUUCUUGGGCGCGAUUGGUUCUGGUACCGGUAUCUUGCUUGCUGUCACAAUCAUAUACCAAUACUUCGAGAUCUUUGUGAAGGAGCAAAGUGAAAUGGGUGGCAUGAGCACGUUACUCUUCUAAACUUAAUUCAUCUAUAGACUUGAAAAGUGAACUUUUUUAAUUCUGAAGAACUGAGUAAAAUAAUUUAUUGUAAAGUAAGAGAGUUGGCAACUGUGUGUUUAUGUCGAAGCUCAUAGAAUGAUAGACAAACACCAGCGCCAAACGAAAGUUCCCUGUUGUUAUACAUAAAGUCGCACAUAUUUAACUUAUCAUUGGUAUAUAUUGUUGAUUCUCUGCUCAAAAGAUUAUAUUGUCGAUGACAAUUCUGAAAAAAGUCUAUGUGCUUCUUUUACAGAACAUAUUAACGUGACCAUUGACACAUACAUUUGAUAUACAUUCAAAUGGUAUACAUUGAUAUACUUUCAAAUUUGUUCUAACAAUUCUAUUUUACAUUAAAUUUAUAAGAGCUUUGUUUGUAAUAUCGAGAAAAAGAACAUACCCUUAUUUUUACAUUAAACAUUAUUGAUUCUACGCUGUGUCAAACGGUACACGAAGCACCAACUGAGAGAGGCAAGAUACAGUGACGAAGCGUAGAGAUUAUAUAAGAACAUUUAAUGCUCGCAAACGCAAGCACGGAAGAGACCUGUCCUACACCAUCGUGCUUGUGUGUAAGAUUCAAUAUCUUUCGUACAACGAGCAGCGUGUACAUAGUAAGAAAGUGAUUAAAUAUUUUCAACAUUUUUUACUAGCGUUUUUGGGCUCUGUAAUUUGACGUAGACAG